AUGGCAGUGAUUGAAGUUAGUAUAUUUACAAUGACGCUUGUGUUGGACAUAAUGUUCUUUAAGACCGGCUAUGCUGCCAUUGGCUGGAAUGAUAAAAUUGAGAAUCACCAUUCAAUCAGCGUCAACGAAGUUGGAGUAACGACCACGCUGUGGUUCUCCGAGGAAUGCCUGCACGUCAGCUUCAAUGGGAGGUCUCUUUGCAAUGCCUCUCUGCCUUGCCCCAGAGCAGACUCUAGGGUCAGGGCAAGCAAGAACAGUGUCAAAAUCUUCAACCUGACGACAAAUGAUAGUGGCCUCUACGAAUGUUACAUUGCUCAUCUGAGGGUCUCGCAAAAAAUCUACCUAACAGUCAUCGAGAAGUUAGUGGUAAACGCCAGUCGAGAUUUCGUUACGAGGAAUUCCACUCUGUGUGGCGAGGAGGAUGAAAGCCUCACUUACACGUGUCGUACAGACUACUACGUUCACCGACACCUCACCACUGAUUGCAACCUCACCUGGGUUUACUUGGACAACAAGUACCAGAAGCACGAUGUUGCGGCGGACAGUCCAGCCAUUCCUGACCUCAUCGAAAGUUAUCCCCAUCAAAAACGAGUCUCCUCAGAAAUUAAAGUGUCGCCGAAUUUCACAAAUGACUACGAUUUCUACUGCGGUCUACAAUGUUUCUACAAAGAAAGAGUCACUGGCGGCAUCCUGAAGAAAUUUCAAAACGUUCGUCGUGUAGACUGUUCCUCGAAGACUGCCACCAAGAUGGUUGAGGUGAGUGUGGGAGGAUCUGUGCUGCAGGGUUUUGAGGAGGAAUGCCAGAGUUUGGUUCACCGUAGCAAGAAUGUUAUUCAAAAUAAAUUAGAAAACAAAAAGUUCCUCAAAAUAUCAGCUGCCACUGUGGAGGAUGCUGGCACGUACUGGUGCCUGUCCCCCUCCCAAAAGCUGCACACCAUCCAGCUCAGUGUCACCUGUUAG